AUGAAACAUAGCGUAGAGCGUAGCGACUCAUCUGUUGCAAACAGUAAAACAGUAAGUCCGUGUGGGGUGAGGCCCUAAUUAUUUUGAUUGUCUAACCACCCGUGACCAUCGAUCCAAGAGAGUCUACGAGGCAGGCUGCGUUUGAAUUGAAUUGUUGAGUCGAGGAGCCGACUCCAAAGCUGUCGCCGGAAAACGAGCGAUGGCAAAAUCAAGGAUCAAGUGAUUUCUGCUGACACCAUUAUUAUUUUGUCGAUUUGAACUCAGCAGGAGACUUCUUCAGGGUGCCUGGAUUUCGUAACAACCGAUAUCAACUAUGGCACAUUUCGCUACACCGAAAGUGUCACCGUCGGACCGACAAUUUGAAGAGGAUUUGGAGAGGGCGAGAGCUCUCAGCCUUGAGAGCCUGGCACUCGAGAAAUUCCGCCAAGAGAAGCUGGAGGCUGAGCGGAGGAAAAGUCUGCUUGGGCAGAGACCCACCUCGAGAACUGACGCAGUCAUGCUGAGGACUAUCGAGUCUCAGACGGAUCGAGAAAAACGUUUUGAGUUUAAGUCUCGACCCCGACCUGGCUCUUUUAACACCAAAGCGCCUCGGGAGGCUAUAAUCGCACCACCCCCAGUGGCCCUGCGGAGGAACAGCAGUUCUGCUGCUGCCAGCAGUGAUCUCAUUAAUUUCAACAGUCCGUCUCCGAUUGACCGGAAAAAUGCGAUGUUGGACGAAUUCACGUAUCAGCAACAACCACCCGCAAGGGUGAGUCUGGAGCAGCAGUUCGAGGAGCCCAGAAACAUGCAAGCGCUGGUCGCUUUCCCUCAAAUCGCGCCACCCACCGUUCCCCCGCGAAAGGUGGUUCUCAGACGCACUUCAGAGGACAGAACCUCUCGUCCUCUAGCAAUAUCAGACACGCCAAGCAAUUUUAACUUUGACGUUUUCAAACUUCUCACCAAGCAAAAUAACAACAACCUGAUCGACCUGGGCUCCAGCGCCGCUGCUUUGGCUGUCCCGAGCAGAAUCAGCGUCCUGGAGGCCUUUGACCCACUCCUGAAAGAUAUAGCAGACGCUGCGGAGGCUGCCAUGGACGAGGUGGCCAGUCAGUGUUCCAGCAUAUAUGACGUCUAUGACCCGUUCGACUUCAUGAAAACACCCACUGUGGAGCCAGUGUACGCGACUGUCAUGAAGAAAAGUUCUCCUGUAAAGGAGGACGCGACUGAUUUGAGUCCAAAGGCUGAACCACCGCCGCUGCCUCCGCGAGAGUCUCCAAAUAGCGUUAGCAAGAAACCUGUUUUGCGUCAUAGGAGCAAAAAACUUAAACUUAAUGAGCUGAUAGUAAUGGUAAAGAAGAAGGACGCAUUGUAUGAUAUCAAUCUAAGAUCAUUCCAUGAAAUGGUUAAAAACCUGAGAGGCGAAUUCAAAUAUGACGACCUAUGCACAAAUGUUGGUCUCGUAAUCAGCCCAACAAUUGAAAGUUACUACGCGCCAGGAACAAGCAUUAAACUCAUAGUGAGAAGAAACAACAACAAAGAUCCAGUCACCUUCACUUGUGAUGUGAGUUCGACCGUAGAGCAUGUCAUCUUGCAUGUAGUAUGCGAGUUGGAUGGCGACCUGAAAGGCAGCGUGAACGAUUACGUCCUCAAGGUUAAUGGUUUGGCAGAGUACUUCAGCUCAAAUUCGACUCUUGCCGAUUAUGAAUACAUUCACCAGUGCUUCAAGUUGGAGCAGGACGUCAAGCUGGCACUAGUUCAGUUGGAAGAGAUCAAUAGGCCGUUGGCUAGAACUCUGCAAGACGACAAUAACGACAUGACAUUGACCUUGGAGGAGCUGCUGCCGACUGAGCCUGUAAGGCCAAUAACCUAUGACGCUCUCGUAAUUUUGCUGGAAACGCUGGAAAAUGAAAUUGAAAAGCUAGAAAACGCUCUUGAUGCAUCAAAUGCCAAUAAACCAAACCUCCAGUUCAAAGGCGUUUGGCAGUCAGUGAAAGCAAUUUGCGCUCUCCUCGGAUGUGUGGAGACCUUGAAACUCACGGAAGCACUGGAAAAUCUCAGCAGCGCUUGCCUUUUAUACUCGCCCUCCAUUGAUCUUGAUGACUACAAGUCCAUCCUGAAGCCUCAAAUCGAAAGAGAAGAGGGCGACUACUCGAUUGUUUCAAUGAGGAUGAAGGUCGACUAUAGUCAAGCAAGGGAAAAGGUUCUUCAAAGCACUGAGAGACUGAAAGAUGCAGUCCAGAGUCUCAUUGAAUCUUACUGCGGUGCUUUUCGAGUUGCAUUUCUUCUCAGACCAAGGUCUGAGGCGUACACUUCAGUGCGAUCUAUCACUGAACUAACUGACGAGUUCUGUGUACACAUUGGUGCCCUUCACCGUCUUUCUAUCAACUGGCAGCACAUGGACUAUCAAGUUUCAAUGCAGGUCUUCCACGGACCUCGUCCCAUUUCCCAUGAGCAUUUUUCCGACCCAGUAGCCCCAACCAAAGGGCUCUAUUCCAGAGUAAUUUUUGACAUUCCCCUCAUCGCAUCCUCUCUCCCAAUCAACAUGCUGCCUAGAGAAAGUCGUGUCGUUCUCAGCCUCUAUGGUAGAAAGCUUCUGCCUCAAGAAAAAGACGAAGAACCUAAAAUGGAGUGCUCUGAAUUGGGCUGGACAGCUCUCCAGCUGUUCGACUGUGAUGGUCAACUUGCGCAGAGACAUUUUCUCCUUUCCCUAUGGCCAGUGGAGGCUGGCAAGAGGCUCGGACCAGCCCCUGCAAGUGGGACUCAUCCCCAAGGCGACACCCAUCCCGUGUUCGGGGUGGAGCUUCCAGAUUGGGGCUGCCUGGUGCAGUUUCCUAUCAGCGUUACUGAUGGGGAAACUCCAGUUCUGGACUUCAACAGCCUUGACGAAGGAACGCAAGAACAACUUCUUGUCAUUGCCGAGCAAGACACCUUCACAAACCCACCUGCUGAAGAAAGAGAAAUUCUUUGGGAGAAACGAUACUACCUUCACAACCACCCUGAAGCCCUUCCCAAAGUUCUCCUUGCUGCUCGAAGUUGGGAUUGCAAUAGUUUGCCUGGACUGCAUUCUAUGCUGCACAAGUGGACUAGAAUGGACCCCAUUAGUGCCUUGACACUUCUGCUACCCUGUUUCCCUGACAAUGAAGUCCGCAAAGUAGCUCUCAGUUGGGUUCGCUACAUUGAGUGUGAUCAACUUGUUGAUUACCUUCCUCAACUGGUACAAGCACUGAAGCAUGAAACUUGGGAGGCUUCGCCGCUUGCACACUUUCUGCUUGAGCGGUCUCUUGCAUCGCCACGCAUAGCUCACCAUCUUUAUUGGCUUUUGACUCAGAUUUUGCCUGGCGACUCUCCACAGAACUCCAUCGAGCCACUCCCUGAGGAUUGUGCUGCUGUCUGCCAGUAUCGUUACCAAAGGCGACUGAUGCUUAUGCUGAGGUCACUCUUAGCCAUAUCAGGAGACGCUAUGAGGCAGAGGUUCUUUUCUCAGCAGCUCUUGGUUAAGGAGCUGGCAUCUGUGGCUGAGAACGUAAAAGGUUGUAAAGAUUCUCUACGCUUGGGUGUUCUUAAUCAAGGACUAGAAACUGUGCAUCAAAUCAUCAAGGAAACCCCUACAUGUCUUCCACUUAAGCCUAGUUUGGAAGUGGCUGGAAUCCACAUUCGUUCUUGUUCAUAUUUUCACUCUAACACUGUUCCCCUGAAACUGAACUUUCUGAGUACAGAGGAAAGUGGUGCAUUAAUCCCAGCCAUUUUCAAGGUCGGAGAUGACUUGCAGCAGGACAUGUUAACCAUUCAAAUGAUUCAAAUCAUGGACAAGCUAUGGCUGAAGGAAGGCCUUGAUUUGAAAAUGGUCACUUUCGGAUGUGUUCCAACUGGCCACAAGAGAGGAAUCAUUGAAAUGGUGACAAAUUCUGAAACAUUGCGCAAGAUACAGGUAGAACUUGGACUGACUGGUUCAUUCAAGGAUCGCCCUAUAGCCGAGUGGCUAGCGAAGCACAAUCCUUCUGCUUUGGAAUAUGAAAUAGCUGUCAAGAACUUCACAGCAUCAUGUGCUGGAUAUUGCGUUGCUACUUACGUUCUUGGAAUUUGUGAUCGACACAAUGACAAUAUCAUGCUGAAAACUUCAGGACACAUGUUCCACAUAGAUUUUGGCAAAUUUUUAGGAGACGCUCAAAUGUUUGGAAAUUUUAAAAGGGACCGCACACCUUUCGUGCUAACUUCUGAUAUGGCAUAUGUGAUUAAUGGAGGGGACAAACCUUCAGCAAAGUUCCACCACUUUGUCGACUUGUGCUGUCAAGGAUUCAACAUCGUUCGGAAAAACAGGAAUCUGCUCCUCAACAUGUUUGGACUUAUGGUCUCAUCAGGCAUCCCUGGUGUGACAAUGGAAGCUGUGAAAUAUGUCCAGAGAGCCUUGCUGCCUGAUCACUCUAAUGUAGAGGCAGCAGCAAUGUUUGCACGCAUGAUCGAGAGUUCCCUGAAGUCAUGGUUCACGCAGUUCAACUUUUUCCUCCAUAAUUUGGCGCAGUUGCAAUUUUCUGGGAGCAACUCUGAAGGAGAACUCCUUAGUUUCAUUCCAAACGUUUACACAAUGCAGCAGGAGGGCAAGUUAACUGAUGUGUCUGUCCACGGUGUCCAGAAGCGCUACAACCCUGAAAAGUGCUAUCUUUACAUCACCAGGGUGAAAAGAAUGAACCAGACAGACCCCUCAUUCUUGUUCCGCUCGUACAGAGAAUAUUGCGAGCUUCACGAGAAACUGUGCCUUCACUUUCCGCUUGCCAAGCUGCACAGUUUGCCAACUGGGCUUCACGUGGGACGCACAAACAUCAAGCAGGUCGCGGAGCGUCGAAAAAUCGAAAUCGAGCGCUUUUUGCAGUCUCUGUUCCUAAUGGCUGACGAAAUAGCGCACUCUGAUCUUGUCUACACUUUCUUCCACCCCAUUUUGCGCGACCAGCAGGAGUCCAAUAUCCACGCGCGCAAGGUCAAAGAGUCAAAGCAAAACAACGCCGGACCGGCUGGUUGUAUUACAGGCCAGUUAAAGCUGUCUGUGCAGUACAGAAGGGAUGUGCUGCUCGUGAUGGUGCAUCACGCGAGAGGACUGCCCUUGGUCGGCAACCAAGAACCGUCGACCUAUGUAAAGGUGUAUUUGAUGCCAGACAAACCCAAAAUCACCAAGAGGAAGACCAAGGUUGUCAAGAAAAGCUGCCACCCAUCUUUCAUGGAAAUGUUGGAAUACCGUUUGGACCUGAGCACGGUGCAGAACCGAACACUGGAAGCGACAAUUUGGAGCCGAGACUCCUUACAAGAGAACGAAUUUCUCGGAGGAGUAAAUAUUCCUUUGAGGAAUCUGACUGCCUCUGCUGAGACUUUGCCCGAGUGGUACGCGUUGAGCAAUGUUCCGCGAUGUCAUUAGAUAGGGCAGCUAAAGGAUUAAGAAUAAAUCUGUUCAGAAUAUCAACAAUCAAUGUUAAUCUUGUCAAUGUUUAUGGACUAUAGAUUUGAUAUUGUUAUAUGAAACUGUUGAGUCAAUCAUUGAACUAAAGCGGUUAGACUUGAUGUGAUAUAUGUGCAAAUUCAAAUACCAUUGUGGUAAUGUUUGCUUACGCCUUUUGUUAAAAAUAAUACGCACACCCACCAAGAAACUGUACUCUUUGUGUGAAUGCAAUAUCUUUUGUCCGUUUGAUCUUAUAUUUAUGUUUGUAAACAAUUGUACUCAUCUGAUUUUAUUAAUAAUUUUUAUUUGCAAUUAUAUUCUUAAACUUUUGUAUUUAUUGAACAAUAAUCCGUUACUGAACGAGCAAAAACAAUGCGUGUAUCAUGCAUUCCAAAUUCCCAGCGAGCUUACUCUGCUUACUUGACUGAUCCCUGAUAAUUAAUUAAAUUGUACAUCUUACGAGUGUGUAUAUUGAAACUUUGUGAGGAAACUUCAAUUUAUCAUGUGCAGGAGCCAGCAUUAAAACUACUUGAUAUUUUGCACCAUA